AUCUACGUCAAUGUUGAUUACUUUGAUACGAAAAUCUACCAAAGUAAGAAUCUUGACCCAGAGAGAAUCAUGAAAGGUUGCAGCUUAGAUCUCCACCUAUCUCCAAUGGCCUCUACGCUUCAAUCUUGUCGCCAAGAUUCUACGGUUAAUGAUCAUUCUUCAGCCAUAAGAUCUAAGGAAAUUAAUGCAUUUCAUAGUGGGAGAUUAAGUGAGUACGAUCUUGUAGAGAUCCAGAUGAGGGCAAUAAUAGAGAUGGCGAGCAAGGAGCGUGAAGUAACGGCGUUAGAGUUGGCCCCGAUGAGACUGGAAUCACCGUUAGGGUGUUCGGUGAAGAGAUCGGUGAAAACGUUCUUGGAGAAGAGGAAUAAGAGAAGCAAAUCUGUUACACCUAACACCUCUACCUCCUCAUCCUCCUCCUCUCCUCAUAAUUUCUAAACAUGAUUUUAUUAUGUUUUCCUUCUAAUUAUCAAUCAAAAAACAAAAGAAAAUCUUUCUCUUUUUUUUCUAAUAUGGGAUUUUAUAGCUCGUAUUUUUCUCUCGUCAUUUUUCCCGUUACUCGGACGAUGAAUUUCGAGUUUUUUUUGUUCUGUUUUAAAUCAAGACGUUGUAUUACCAUUGGAGUCUGUAUAAAAUUCAGAUCAUUUG